AAAGCGUCACGAGAAUUAAAAGAAAGGAGAAGAAUACUUGUUCAAGACCAGUUUUGUCUGGUUGCCCAGUUACAUUACUUUCGUUUGGCCGCAAAUUUUAAAAGAUCUGUCAAUUAGAAUGAUGUCUUUGCCAUGAUGUACGUGUGCUUUGAAUGUUUGCAAAGUGAACAUUUUUAAACUAGUUUUUGUAAUUUAAAUAAUUAUGGCAUAUUCUAAUAGGCUGGAUAAACAAAUGUGAAUAAUUUUUUCCUUAGAGCACGGGGAUGAAUCGUAUUUAUAAUAUCCUUUGGAACUGCAAUUCAUAUUAUUUACUAAUAUAUAGUUUUUAAGUUACAAAGCAUGAAAAUACUUCUUGCAAGUGUUUUAAUACAACUGGGCACGCUCACCACCUUCAUGAGUAAUUAUGUUACAAUGAGGAAAUUGAGAACCAGUUCAGUUACAACUGAAAUUAACAAGGUCAGCGCCCACUCAAAGUCCACCUGUUGCUCAUCUGAUGCAAAAAGAAAAUCUUCCCCAAGCGAGUCAUAUUCCAAAUCGACAUCAGGUGGGUUUGCAGCUCCAAGUGAUGUUAACGUGACGUUGCUGCCAAACGCAACUGUGAAAGUGGAUUGGAAUUUUGUUAUGCCGCCAAAUCAUAGUAUUGAAUACUUCGUGAUUGAAUACCUAAAGUUAGACAAGAAGCAUAAAGAAAUCUGCCGCUGCAAAUUAUGGCACAGGUACACUGAUGACAUGACAAAUCCAUAUUCUUUCUGGGCCGAUUGCUUAGAACCAAAUUAUGACUACAGGUUCCGAGUUGCAGCAGCCUACGACGAGAAGAACGUGGUUUACUGCCAUAAAGAGUCGCGCUUGAUGAAAUUGCGAAUGAAAAUCAUCACGACAACCCCUCUAACGAAGAAACUGCGCAGAAUCAGGAAACGAAGAGGGACGACAAUCAUUCCAGGUCUUAGCAUCACACCUAAAGAUCCUCGAUUGGGAAAAGUUUACGAAGAGGGGUCCUACCCGCCACCAACGUGGCCCCCAGAUGAUGUAGAAACAGAAACAGGUCACGUAACAUCAGAAACGCCAUCUACGACGACCAUUUCAAAUUAAACUUCCUUAAAAUUUUUACAGCGAUAAAAAUCAUCCUUCAACGCCAUCAGAGACAAGAGACCCUCCACUGGCCUCUUGCCGACAGGUGGAAGCUUUUACUUUCGGGGAUUCAACAGUUCCUUAUGGACAAUUAUAAGGGAGCAACAGUCAUCACCCUAAUUUCGGC